AUGGGUGGCGCGCUGCUGCUGGCGCUGCUAGCGGCGGCGCGGGCCGACGAGCCUAACACCACUUUUUCCACAGUCACUCCAGAUGAGGAAAAAGCCCCCCUCUUCCCCACAGACCUGUUCACCGAGGAGCAGCGGCGCUCCGGAGCCGUCAUCUUCCACGUGCUCGGCAUGGGCUACAUGUUCGUCGCCCUAGCGAUAGUAUGCGACGAAUUCUUCGUGCCAGCCCUCGACGUGAUAAUAGAGAGGCUGGCGAUACGCGACGACGUCGCUGGCGCCACGUUCAUGGCUGCCGGCGGUUCCGCGCCCGAACUCUUCACCUCUAUCAUAGGAGUGUUCGUUUCCUUCGACGACGUCGGCAUCGGGACGAUCGUGGGGUCCGCGGUCUUCAAUAUCCUCUUCGUGAUCGGUGCUUGUGCGCUGUUCUCGCGCACCACACUGACUCUGACGUGGUGGCCGUUGUUCCGCGACUGCACCUUCUAUUCGAUCAGUUUGCUCGUGUUGAUAUACUGUUUCCGUGAUAAUUGUAUCUACUGGCAGGAAGCACUGGUGCUCUUCUCCUUGUAUGGAGCGUACGUGAUGUUCAUGCGGUGGAACCAGCCAGUGGAGAGGGCGCUGAAGAAGCUGAUCUACAAGAACAAGGUGACGAGAGUCAGGAGUACAGAUCAGCUGAUGCCUACGGUGAGCUCGCCCGCACAACCUCGCAUGCACCCCACGUAA